AUGCUCGUCUACAGCCCGCUGGCCGCGCUGUUCAGCGCGUUCUUCGUGGUGCGCUUCGCUAUGCUCGCUUUCUGGGACCGCGGGUACUCGUUCCUGAUGGACCUGGACAUCAGCAGCGAGCCGGCCAGCCUGGAGAUCGUCAAGCUCUCAUGGUACCUCUACAUGUUCAAGCUGUCCGACCUGGCCAGCACUGUGUUCUACGUGCUGCGGCGGAAGUACGACCAGGUGACCACGCUGCACAUGGUGCACCACGUGAUCGUCGCCUGGAACGUCUGGAUCAACGUCACCUACGCCGCCCAGUCGCAGACCAUGUUCGUCGUGUGCAUCAACGGGUUCGUGCACGUCCUGUCGUAUCUGUACUACUUCCCGUCCGGGCUCGGGCCGGCGUUCAAGAAGUGGCUCUGCUGGAAGCGCUACAUCACCAUGGUGGAGAUCGUGCAGUUUGUGCUGUACAUGGUGCACGCCGUGUGCCUGAUCUUCGACACGGGAAACUACGUGCCCCUCUUCGUGUGGCUCGAGUUCGGCCAAGCCGUGCUGUUCUUCUCAUUAUUCGUACUGUUCUACGUGAACUUGUAUGCCAGGACAAAGGGGGACCGUGCGGCCAUGUCAGAGUGGACUAGACGAACGCUUCGACAAAGGCGCGGCUGGCUUGGAAAAAAAAAAGAUCAAGCACGAGCCGUGACGUGUAUUGAGAACUGA